GUCGGCACACCGCGACGCCGCGCGCGCGACGCCGCGCGACGCGUCGCGCGAGGGCGCGACGCGCGGUCGCGGCGCGACGCAUCGCGCGAGCGACGCUCCCGAUGAAGACGACCUCGCGAUGAAGACGACGCGCGGUCGCGCGCGCGUUCGAAGGAUGCCCGCGGGACGGAUUCGACGGCGCGCGGCGCGCGCGCUGUCGAUCGCGUGCGCGCUCGCGCUCGGACGCGACGGCGUGACGCGCGCUGAGGCGCAGGCGAGCGAUGGGAACUGCGUGGCGGCGGAACAGACGGCGAUUUUCGUGGCGUUUUCGGAGAACGCGCCCGACGCGGUGUUUCGCAGCGACGACGGGUGCCUCGCGGGAGGCGGACGCGGCGUCGGAUGCUGCCCGGGAUCGGUGUGUAAGGCGUGCGAAGGAGACUCGACGUCGCGGUUUUACAGUUGCAAGUGCGAACCGUGCGCGGCGGGGACGGUGCAGCCGCUGGCGGCGCAAAAGACGUGCGUGUCGUGCCCGGCGGGAUGGUUCAACUCGCGGACGGGGCAGGCGACGUGCGAACCGUGUCCGGUGGGGACUUUUAGCACGAAGGUUGGGAACACGGUCGGGUGCACGGCGUGCGGAGCGGGGACGUCGGGGAAGAGCACGCUGGAGGAUUAUUACGAAAAGACGACGCGCUCGUGGCGAGCGCCGGCGACGGGGGAUGGAUCGACGUUCGAUUCGACGUUAGCCGCGACUUCGUGCACAGACUGUCCCGCGGGAACGUCCGGAGGAGGCGCCGGGGACGCGUGCACGCCGUGCGCGCCCGGGUAUUACUCGGCGGCGCGCGCCGAGACGUGCACGCCGUGUCCAGUCGGCACGUACAGCGUUCUCUCCGGCGGCGCCUCCAUCGACAGCUGCAUCCCGUGCGCCGCGGGUGAAUCCAACAACGCCAUCGGAUCCACCGAGUGCUGGCAGGUGUGCCCGAUCGCCCUCCUCUCUUGCGCCGCCGACGCCGUCCGGGCCAGAGGCGCGUACGACGCGCUCGAGCUCGCGCGCGCUCGCCCUCGAAUUUCCUACACCGACGACGGCAUCGACGACUACCGCGCCCGUCUCUGCAAAACGGGCUGCGAAACCUUCGCCACCGACCACUGGUGCGCGUCCUUCGGCCUUCCCAACGUGAACGACUGCGAUCAGUACGCGCCGCCGCCCCCCCCGCCCGCGCCGCCCGGCGACGUCGCCGACCCCAACGCCACCGCCGCCAACGCCUCCGCCGCGUCCUGACGCGUCGCGACGCGUCGCGACGCGUCCAACGUCCUCUUUCGCGCGCGCGUCGCUCGGCGUCGGCGCCCGCGACGCGUUCGCGCGCUCGACUCGCCGUCCCGCGCGCGUACGCCGGCGCCCCGCGUACAUAGAUCGCGU